GCAAAGCAGAACGAAUCAGCCUACAUAAUGACUGGUCAUAACUGCUGGGGAUAUGGGCAGAAAGAUGGACCUCCUGAGUGGUACAAGUCCUACCCCAUUGCCCAAGGAAAUCAUCAGUCUCCAAUUGAUAUAAUCCCCACACAAGCCAUUUAUGACCCCUGCCUGAAGCCCCUUAGUGUUUCGUAUGAAUCGUGCUCAUCUAUCGACAUCUCCAACAAUGGGCAUUCAGUCAUGGUAGACUUUAAGGAUGUUGAUGACAAAACAGCGGUCAAUGGAGGGCCACUGGAAGAUCCUUACAGGCUGAAACAAUUCCAUUUUCAUUGGGGUGCAAGCCAAGACUCCGGAUCAGAGCACACCAUCGAUGGCAACCCUUUUCCUUGCGAGCUCCAUUUAGUUCACUGGAAUGCCAAGAAAUAUGUGACCUUUGAAGAGGCAGCGGCGGCCCCAGAUGGCUUAGCAGUGAUUGGUGUUUUCUUAGAGAUUGGAGAAGAACAUGCCAGUAUGAACAGACUGACAGAUGCCUUGUACAUGGUCAAAUUUAAAGGAACCAAAGCCCAGUUCAAGUCCUUUGACCCCAGCAGCCUCCUGCCCUCUUGUCUAGAUUACUGGACAUAUCCUGGAUCCUUGACAACGCCUCCCCUUAACGAGAGUGUGACCUGGAUAGUGCUAAAGGAAGCCAUCAGAAUAUCUGACAAACAGCGAGUAAUAUCAAGCCCCCUGAAUUUACAGAUGGAGAAAUUCCGUACCCUCCUCUUCACCACAGAAGAAGAUGAAAGAAUCCAGAUGGUGAAUAACUUUCGUCCCGCUCAGCCUCUUAAGGGAAGAGUGGUCCGUGCUUCAUUCAAGGCUUAAGGAGGUG